AUGCCUCGGGAGAAAUUUACCCCCAAUAUUGCAUCGCGUCACAUUCGACGAUGCAAUACUACCCAUGGUAGUAAUAACACAUCAACAUCAUCAUCCAACGAUCACAAUCUAUCACCAACAACAGCAUCGCCAGAAGGAAAUACUUCCCAAUCAACAAAUGGCCAUGCAUCGGAUGAUUUCAAUCCUCAUCAGAUAGACCACCUCGAUGGGGCUACUGAAAAAGAUCAACCAUCAGAGAGUGGUGUUUCAUCCACGUUAGCAGUCAAUGAUGCUAUCCGAUCGAGAAAAGGAACUACGCCUAGCAAAACAACAACACAAGAUGUCAACGGACGAUUGCGAUCAAAGAUCAAGAAUGCAAAACCAACUCAAAAUACAUCAGGCCAAUCAAUCAAUACACAAGCAUCUCCUGGUUUAACAAGAAGAUUUCGCCAUCUCAGUCAACCAAUACUAUCGGAUAAUGUACAGACGACAAGAAAUGAUCAUUCCAAUCAAAGUAAUCCUUCCUAUACAACUGCAGGAAGAAAACGAGCCGUCCCUAGUGUAGUUACCGCAAAUGAGGUAACUCCAACUAUGGAUGAAAAUAAUGAAACCCACCUUUCACAACUCAAUGAUGCCGAUACCAACCUUAAUAAAAACAAAGAUGAUAAUUUAAUCAUCAAUAACAAUCCUAACGGAUCAUACUUUAAUGCAAACUAUCAUGAAAAUACCAAUGAACGUGACCAUCAAAAUGUAAACUUGCCAACUGGUCGAUUAACUAGGAAUCGAUUCAAUAAGGUAGAUAGCAAUUCAAGUAAGGAGAAAAGAGGACAAUCGUACCAUAACAGUAAUGAUAGCGUUGGUAAUAAAAGACGCCGACUGAAAAAGAAAACUGUGUCACAAUCUUUGGACUGCAGUCAAAUGACAAUGAGCGACUUAAUCUAUUACAACCCUUCAACAAAUCCCAUGAAACAUAAAUAUCAAGAAGCCGCUGUCGAUCCUACUGACGAUCAUGAUAUAAACGCGAUCGAGAGUAAUGAUACAAACGAAAAUGAAGAUUUCCAAGAGAAACCAGAUCGACUACCUGAUCGUGAAAAUAGAGCGCCUCAAGUUAGUAUCGGUCCUAACGGUAAAAUCAUUCUGAACGAAGAUAGUUUAGUAGUGGAAGCAGCUAGCGAAACUUAUGAAUUAGCGGCUGUAAUUGAUGAAAGUGAUGCCUUACCUACAUAUCGAUCGUAUAAGAAAAAAUCAACCACCGAUAGAUGGAAUGUUGGAGAAACAAAUAAAUUUUAUCGCGCCCUUAGUCAAGUUGGUACCGAUUUUAGCUUAAUGCGAAGACUAGUCUUUCCUAAACGAGAUAGAAAUGAAUUAAAGAAUAAAUUCAAAAGGGAAGAUAGGUUCAACAGAGAAUUAGUCAACCAAGCGUUAAGAAAGCGAUUGCCCUUAGAUACUUCCGUUUUAACAAAUUCUCCCGAAAAUGAAAAGAAUGAUGCUCAGCGAUAG